AUGGAUGAAGACCUAAAAACCAGGCUUGGUAAUCUCAAGGAAAAAUUGAAUUGUGGGAAUGAAACAAAGGUAGUUACUGUACCAAAGUCGGAAGCAGCGCGCUUGGUGAACAAAUACAAGUUUAAGCCUAAGGAAAGAAGUCGGAAGAAUCGAUUUCUACCUGAGAAACUGCAGAAAUUUCAGAAAUUAUACUCUAAUAGCGUUGAAGAGGCUGAAAAUAAGUUUCCUGAUUUCAAGCUUUACUCAAGGGCAGAUUUUGAGGCCAAAGUUCGUCAACUUGCCGAUGUAACAGCUCAUCGCUCCCUUGGAUGGGAUCGGAAAUGGCUGAAUCCCAUUCAAAUAGUUUCCAGGGGCUGGCAUCUGUAUACUGAGACGAAGACUGAGGGAAGUAUUUUAGCACUUCGAUGCAAAUGCUGUCACUCAUUACUCUACUUAGAUUUAGAGGAGUCAUCGAGAUCUUCAUCUGCGAACGAGAGCUAUCACAAUAUGCUAAAAUCACAGCACACAAUUGACUGCCCUUGGUCGAAUCACAAGUAUGACCUAGAACAAAACUAUAAUUUGUCACGUGCUAGCCUGUUUCUUGAAGUUCAACGUAUCAUAGACAAGCUUGAAGAAGUCAAGCACUUUGAGUUUGCCCUACCAAUCGAAGUCCAAGAGGAGCGGAAGGUGAGUUCAUUAUUUGAUGUUGAAGAUCAGCAACUCUCGAUAUUAGCGGUUUUCUUACGCGGCUACUCCUUCAUCACCAAAGAUGUGGUAGAGUGUAAUGCCUGUGGCAUGAAAUGCUUUGUCACAACGCUACGAGACAAAGAAUACAACGGCCAUGCAAUAUGGUGUAAAUACGAGGAUGAAUCCAAACUAAAGAAACUUCUCGUAUCGUUACAGGACGAAUCUUUGCAAAGAGAAGUGAAGGAAGUUCAUGAAUCCCGUAAAGACGGUGACCAGUCCAAUGACCUGCAGGACAGGCUUAAAUGGCUGGAACGAUAUUUUAAGACAAUUUGA